AUGGGCGGGACCAAGAACGGAGGCUCUGCGGAAGCCCUGAACGAUAAAGCGCGAUACUUUCACACAUGGAGAAAUGUCCCUUUGAAGAAAAAAGUCAGUCGUCGAAGUCCGAUGAAAGCAAGGCGCGGCGGGCUGAGCCUGGGUGCAGGUUUUCGAGCGGCCCAGAGCGAACAAAAGUCCCGUGCAUUUGCUGAGAAAAAUAAUCGGAAUCGACAGCCUGUUAAACCUGACCGGAGUGCUUCGAGCACGCUCGACCCUACAGUCGAUGGACCUCAAGUGCCAGAUCUCACUUCCCCUGAAAAGGACGACUUUGAUGAGUCUGAUUUGGAUGCACGGACGCAGACGCUACUGAGUAAAUUCAUUUCACAUCACUUGCCCAACAAAAGCCCUGUGAAGGAAGCACCGGAGCAUAAACUAUCUGCAUCGAGACCCAACCCGCUAAAGCGCAGAGCAGAUUCUAUAUCCACAGAUAUAUCUGCAGAUACUGAACCCAACAGAAUUAUAGGACCGCGGCUGACACCCAUCCGCUCGGAGGGCUCAAAUAUACACAAUAUAGCAACAGAGUCGUCUAAAUAUCGACUUCCUAGGGAUACCCCAGGAAACACCAACCGACAUACUUCCCUUUCUAAUGUCAAUACUGAUGUUGGACUAUCAAAGAAGGCAUUCAACAAAACGCCAAAAAAGGUUGAACUGCCAUUCUCUGGUUUGAAAAGUUCCAAAAAGGAACCCGUCAGGGAACAGCUGGAGCCAGUAACAGCCAGGGUUUCGCCAAAAUCUAGGACAUCCAAUGGAGAGGAAACUGAGAUAGUUGGGCUAUUAAGUAAUGAAUCGCCAGUAUCAUUCAAUGCGGUGCCGUCUCAUUUCAGCUCACCAAAGAAGAAAUACGACAACAAAUUUCCCCCUAAAUCUGGCAUGAGAACAAGUCGCGAUAAAAGAGAUCCAUUAUACCCUUGUCGACCACCUUGCGUCUUGAAGAUUUCAGCUAAACGUUUGGCGGAGGCAACUUCCCUUACCCAGAAAACUGCCGGCAAUGAUUCACAUAGGGCGACAGGGCGCCCGGUAUCACAUGUGAGCCUACCAAGCAACAAGGUAGAGAAAUCAUUGCAUGCACCACUAUCUGGUCCAAAAGUACUCAGUGAGGACUGUGAAUUGUCCCAAGAUUUUCUGUUGAAAAGGAACACAUCAUUUUCAGAAACUGAUAGGUCAUCCACAUUGACUGAUAUGAAAGCACUAGAUGAACAGCUGGAUGAAAAGCAUUGUGGGAUAUCAAUGCGGCCUUGUGUUUCCUUACCUCAUGUUGGAACAAGAAAGGAAAAAUGGAAUGAAUACAAUCACCCUCUGCCUUGCUCCCAAGCGCCGCAAUUGGAAAGCAACAGCCAAAUUGUUUCCCGUCCGAUGGCCCAUGCCUGUGGCCCACCAGUGAGAACAAAACAUAACCUCUCAAAGCUCCCAACAACAAACAAACCCUCCCAGGUCACUGCUUCGCACAGAAUCAACUUGCAGCCUAAUGCUGAAAAUGCACUAGCACCUCAACAAAGCAAGAAGAUUAAUUUAUCCACUUCUCCCUCUGUCGCUUCUUGUCCUCAGAAUACAUACACUACUCGGGCGACGUCACGAGUGACAAAGUCCACUCACCAAAGCUCCAAAAUACCUCAGCCUAAUGCAAGCCCUGGAACACCUAUGAGGCGCUCUGCGCGCAAUAGAAAUGCACCCACGAACUAUUACGCACCAGCCCAAGGUUUCUCUCAACGUGUGGGCGGACACGAGCCAGACUCGGACGAAGUACAACUGGCUACACUGAAGACCCCCGAACCAGUUACCCCCCCGAACGAAGUGGCGCCAGUAAUCGCGAGACACAACAGAUGCCAACAGCAUUUUGAUGACAAUGACUAUUCAGCUCUUUUAAGGUCUCGAGAAUUUGGAUACGCGACACACCAAAAUCGAGUUCGAAUUGGGCGCCGUCUUGACGAUUUAGCAAAAUGGGAAUCAUGGAAAUCAUGGAUGGGUGCUUCGAGCGAUGUACUGGUACUCUCUUGGUCUCCAGAUAGCACUCGCUUCGCCGCCGGGGCUGCUGCUCAAACUGAUGAGCACAGCAUGCAGUACAACCGGAACAACAAUUUACUCCUUGGAAAUCUUUCUACGAGUAAGAUAAAGGAGUUACCCGACCACCGUAUAAAGCGACCCUUGAUGGAGUCAGGGCCCAAUUCCCAUAGCACUUAUGUUAUGGUGGACCCCAACUUGUAUAUGACUGUCACCGCCACGCAUUGGACUAGUUGCGGCAACCGACUUUAUACCGCUAGCUUUGACCGGACAGUGAAGCUCUGGGAUGUAUCAUCUCACGACAAUUCCAGGUGUAUCAAGACUCUGCGGCACCCAGGGGAGGUUCAAGAAAUGGCUGUUUCGAAAUUCGAUAGCCAGCUUGUGGCAACAGGGUGUAAUAGUCCAUCCUUUUUGCUUUGGCGGGUGGAAGAUGAUAAUUUCUCUAAACCCAGCCAUCUUCCACUUCCGCAAGACAAAUGUGCCAAUAUGAUACCAUCCUCCCUUCAAUGGGGAAAGAUGCCGCGGACUAGCAAAUAUCUUGUGGGGGGAUUGACGGCGGAAGACCCUUCCAACAGCCAAGACCCGAGCAGAUUUGGGUACCUUGCUCUCUGGCAGGUAAAUGAAGCUGCUAUAAUGCCUUUACACGUUACACCGAACGCCCAAAAUAUUUUCGAUGUCGCGUGGCACCCUAACUGUGAUGUUUUUGCCACCGGUUCUACGGUCCCGUUUGGUGCACGCUCUUAUGGAAUCGGUACGAACGUACGAUCCUUAGUCCGGAUAUAUGACCCUUUAAAUGGCAAGAAAUGUGUUACUCAGAUGUAUGAGUGCACUGCACUAGAUAUGAAUCAAGUGACGUUCUGCCCGGCAAAUGAGAACUAUAUCACGGCAAGCUGCACAGAUGGAGUGACGUACGUCUGGGAUCACCGUAAUCCAAAUAGGGUGAUGCACAAGUUGAGGCAUGGCGAGCCGAUCGGCUAUUUCAACCAAGCUCUUCUACGUGAACAAGCUGAUGUUGGUGUGCGUUGCUCAGUAUGGGGUAAAGGCUUUGAAUUCUAUACGGGUGCAUCGGAUGGUGUCGUCAAGCGGUGGGAUAUACGUCUUGCACCAGAGAAUGUUUUGCAAGAGAAUGUAGCGUCAUUCAAUCAAGAGAUUAUGUGCGCUUCCAUUUCUCCUGACUAUGCCAACAUGGUUUUGGGAGACGCCUCAGGCGGUGUUCAUGUUAUCUCAACCGCCCCUUGGGGCAGGUCAGAUGAGAACUUCCCGACCUUCGAACUUGAAAGGGCACCCGAGCCGAAAACGACCACAGGAGACAGAGAACUCGCAGAGGGUAUAAAGGAAGCAGCGGCAUUGAUUUCGUCUGGCAAGCUCAUAGCGGAUCCUGUACUUGGCCCUCUUCAGGGUCCAAAAUAUGACGGGCCAUAUGCUUCAUGGGCACGUCCGGAAAACACCGCACCUGAAGAUAUGGCUUCUACAUCCUUGAUUCCAGAUAUUCAAGCGACCCAGCUCGAUGGUCCUCCACCCAAUCAGCGACGUGGGCUGGAUAAGCAGACUCGUAAAAGGUUAGAAGAUUUAAUUCAUUUUUCAGCCAUUCGGAACCGAAAACGUGGGGAACACAAAAGGAAACGAGAUGUCACACAGGACCCAAAGCUAAAACGCUCUGCUUUUUUUCAAUCAUUGAAUAUUAUGCCUCGCUCUUGCAGAGUAGCAGAUACAACAGAAGCUUGCAAAACCACAUCUGCUGUGAAUCGCCUGUGGAAAAUCUUCAAUUCACAAUCUCCUUCACCCACACCCAGACGGGCCAGCCGUGGAUCUUUCAAAGUUGAUCCGAACAAUUUUAUUGACCUUACUCUUGACUCUGAUGAUGAUUCGGUUCAGCAAAUCAGCCCCCUGGAAGAAGACAGUGCAUUAGAGGAGGAUCAUUGGUGGCCAAUUAAUGUGGACCCAAAUCUUGAACCUUGA